AAGUAUAUUCACCCAGGAUAUCUACCACCAAACAGUCGAUAAGCAACGGGUCCGCUGAAUGUCCAAAUGUGUUGACCCUUAUGACCAAAGGUCAUUGGAGCAGCAGACGACUGACACACCAGGAAAGGAAAACUAUGGAUGAUUUUUUAUUUAGUUUCCAAACGAGGUACAGGUUCCCAAAGCACUUCCAGCGCAAGGAUGCGAAAUGUGGAAACGUCACCUAUUUGGAAACUAACUACUUCCGGGCUCUCUGUAAUCCCAAGGGGCCCACGCCAUGCUGCUUCCGGGACCGGUGCGUGCGCAGGGUAGAGAGUGAGUGUACCUGCUCUGACUGUUACGACCUGAGACAGGAAAGAUACGCUGAUUAUUCAAAUUGGAUCCCGGCAGACAGUCGGUGUCCAUAUCGCGCGUUUUCAAGGGAGGAAGCUUGUGCUCUGCUGAAGGGGAGUUCCAUCCACUUUGUAGGGGAUUCGUUAGUUCGUCAUAUUUAUACAGCACUACUCCUCGUUCUGACUGGCGACAUGGACUAUGGGGCCUUGAAAAGCAGUGCAUCGCAUGAAACCAGAAGCUCCUGUCGAGGCCUGUAUAUGUUUACGGAGAAGGUUUGCCGCAUUAACCUGUCACACGCUACCAAACUCUGUGGAGGUCAGGCCAGUCUUGUAAUGAAAUAUUAUGCACACACUCAAGCCGGCCGUGCAUUCCUUACCCAUGUGAAAACCAUCACAAACCAGACAAAAUCUCUUAUUCUUACAGGUAUUGGUAUUCAUAAUGGUUUUAAUAUAACUCAAAUUCUCCCUCGUUUCAUCGGACCGGUUAUUCAAGACCUUAAGCCACGGACUUCAAAAUGGCCGUUCCUAAUUUGGGCGAAUACGCAUGCGCCAGGUUUAUUCAAGUCGCCAUCUUUAUAUCAUCAGACCCGGCCGAUUAUGGAAAAGUUCAAUUCUGAAAUGGUGGAUCUGAUGGCGGAAAAUGACGUUCCCGUGUUUGAAACAUUCAACUUGACAGACGGGAUGUCCAGUUUUGACGGAGAACAUUAUGGGAGAGGUAUAAAUGUUGUCAAAGCAAACAUACUGCUUCACUACAUAGCUGAAUUGAAACGGAAGGGUCUGUGGUAAAAAAAGGUGAUGACUGCAUUUCGACUUAACAUACAGUUCUUUAAAUUGUUCUGAUAAUACUUGCAUUAAUUAAUGACCA